AGCUUGCCUCCGUCGUCUCGCGCCUGUCUGUGCGGUGAGCAGCGCGAGCGGCUCAGCUGUUUGAACCUCAGACAGUCUGAUCCCGGGUCCGUGACUGGGUCUGAACCAGAACUGAGUUGUGUUUUUCUGCUUUUAACGGAUGUCAGAGUCUGAGUCAGGGACACAAAUGUUUUGUUUUACUCGAUCUUUAACUUUUUUCCUCAUGUCAUAGCGUCUGUCCUGUGUUGUUUUUGUCCCUCAUUUGUCCCUGUUGUGGGACAGGAAUGUGAGUGUCAGUGACAGUGACAGUCAGAACCGGUAUAUUCACGGUAUAGGAGGAGCGGUCCGUCUGUGCAUCACCUGCCCGGUCCUGGUGAUGCUGUUCGGAGUGGAGCGGAGCCCACAAACUGGGGAAACCAUGCCGGGUAUGAGAGGACUUAUUCUCCUCGGUGUUUGUCUGACCCUCCACACAUGCCGGGCCAUCCCGAACCAGCUGCCCGACCUCGGCACAGACCCGCACGGGUUUCCCUCCCUCACCGACCCGCUGCUGGAGUACGACCAGCUGGACGAGGAGUUGGGAGGCGGAGGGAGACGGAAUUGGACCGGCGGGGAGGAAGGAUGUAGGCCGUGUGAGCUGGACCUCUGCCCGGAGACCCGCGGCUGCCGGGCUGGUCUGGUGCUGGACUCAUGCGGCUGCUGUCAGGAGUGCGGAAACCUGGAGGGCCAGGCCUGUGACUUGGGAGACCGGGGCUUCUUUUACGGGCUCUGCGGGACCGGGCUGCGAUGUCAGACGGACCCGCGGCCCUCAGGUGGAGGUGGAGGAGGAGAGGAGGAUGAAGAGGAGGAGGAGGACGAGGUGGUGUGUGUGUGUGAGGAACAGGAGCCUGUGUGUGGAGGUGAUGGAACCACAUACAUGAACAUGUGUCAGUUCAGAGAGGUUGCGUUCUUCAAACCUGAACUCAAGAUCAGAGGGAAGGGACCUUGUAAAACAGUCCCCAUCAUUAAGGUCCCUCCUCAGAGUCAGGUGAAUGGGACAGGAAGUAGCCUGGUGUUCCUCUGCGAGGUCUUUGCUUUUCCCAUGGCGCUGGUGGAGUGGAGGAAGGAGGGACAAGACGUCAUCCUGCCUGGGGAUGACCCCCAUAUCUCUGUCCAGUCUCGGGGCGGGCCUCUGAAAUUUGAGCUCUCCAGUUGGCUGCAGAUUGAGGGGGCGGAGCCAGGAGAUGCUGGGACAUACCGCUGCAUUGCUCGUAACAACCUGGGAUCUGUCUCCGCCUCUGCUGUACUGGGAGUACUGGGAGCAGAGGAACUCUCGUCCUACCUGGCUAACAGAGUUUCAGUGAUGGAGCAGCUGAUGGAUGCCACAGACUAUGACCAUGACUCCUACUGAGACACACGUGACAUCAUGACAUCACUUCUUGCUGUGUGGGGCUCGACUUGGUUUGUCUGCCAUCACAAAAUAGACAAGAAAUACAUCACACUCAAGUGAUGGACGACACAGACUCUAAUGAAACACAGAGAGGAUUCUGCUUCAGCUCACUUUGUUUUCAGUGAGUGACUAAUAAUAUUAAAUAUUCAUAAUAUUUGUAUCCGUCUGUAUCAUCGCUCUAAAAGUGACAGGAGGCUCAGCUUGUUUGGUUCUCCUGAAUUACAAACGUUAUAUAUUUUAAAAUAAAAGUGAAAAAACAAA